UUGUCACCCUUUUCUUCGUUUUUUAUGCUUCCAUCUUAAUCUUGGGAUUGGGACAAUUAUCAAUCAAGUUGGGGGCUGGAUCACUCAGGCGGGACCUCUGACUGCCACCAGGAGGCGCAGUUUCCCAAGAGCGGCUCAGUCACAUCCGGGUUCCAUCGCAGGAUAGGACAAGGAGCAGGCGGAACCUUUCUACUGCGGCUCCAAUUAACCUGCGCAGUGCGGGCCAUUUAGGCCUCUGCGCACCGUUCUCCACGGGUGCAUCGCUUUGCUUGGGCAGGAAAGGCCCGAGUAGGGACUCCGUUUGCCUCCUCCUUUGUCGUGAGCAGCAUGAACAUGCUUGCAGAAGAGUUUGGGAACCUGACUCCGGAGCAGCUGGUUGCACCGAUUCCGACAGUAGAGGAGAAAUGGAGGCUGCUUCCAGCAUUCUUGAAGGUGAAAGGCCUGGUGAAGCAGCACAUAGACUCAUUCAACUACUUCAUCAACGUGGAGAUAAAGAAGAUCAUGAAAGCCAACGAGAAGGUCACGAGUGAUGCCGACCCUAUGUGGUACUUGAAAUAUCUUAAUAUUUACGUUGGACUUCCUGAUGUUGAAGAAAGCUUCAAUGUAACUAGACCAGUGUCUCCUCAUGAGUGCCGUCUGCGGGACAUGACGUACUCUGCCCCCAUCACCGUGGACAUUGAGUACACCCGGGGCAGCCAGAGGAUCAUCCGCAAUGCUCUACCCAUUGGCAGAAUGCCCAUAAUGCUCCGCAGCUCCAACUGUGUGCUCACAGGGAAAACGCCCGCAGAAUUUGCCAAACUGAACGAAUGUCCAUUAGACCCAGGUGGCUACUUCAUUGUUAAAGGUGUAGAAAAAGUUAUUCUUAUCCAAGAGCAGCUGUCUAAGAACAGAAUCAUUGUGGAAGCCGACAGGAAAGGGGCAGUUGGUGCUUCAGUUACCAGCUCUACCCACGAGAAAAAGAGCAGAACCAACAUGGCGGUGAAACAGGGACGAUUCUACCUGAGGCACAACACCUUGUCAGAGGACAUACCCAUUGUCAUCAUAUUUAAGGCCAUGGGUGUUGAGAGUGACCAGGAAAUUGUGCAGAUGAUUGGGACAGAGGAGCACGUGAUGGCAGCGUUUGGGCCCAGUUUGGAAGAGUGCCAGAAGGCUCAGAUUUUCACACAGAUGCAGGCAUUAAAAUACAUAGGGAACAAAGUAAGAAGGCAGAGAAUGUGGGGCGGGGGACCAAAGAAAACCAAGAUAGAAGAAGCAAGAGAACUCCUGGCUUCGACCAUCCUGACCCACGUUCCUGUUAAAGAAUUUAACUUCCGAGCCAAAUGUAUCUACACUGCAGUGAUGGUGCGCAGAGUAAUUCUGGCCCAAGGAGAUAAUAAAGUUGAUGACCGGGACUAUUAUGGGAACAAGCGACUGGAACUGGCAGGACAGCUCUUAUCUCUUCUUUUUGAAGAUUUGUUCAAAAAAUUUAAUUCUGAAAUGAAAAAGAUUGCAGACCAGGUGAUUCCUAAGCAAAGAGCCGCCCAGUUUGAUGUCGUGAAGCACAUGCGCCAGGACCAGAUCACCAACGGCAUGGUGAACGCCAUUUCUACCGGAAACUGGUCUCUCAAAAGAUUUAAAAUGGACCGCCAGGGUGUGACUCAGGUGUUGUCUCGCUUGUCGUAUAUAUCUGCACUGGGCAUGAUGACGAGAAUCUCCUCCCAGUUUGAGAAAACAAGGAAAGUGAGUGGUCCUCGGUCCCUCCAGCCGUCUCAGUGGGGGAUGCUCUGCCCUUCGGACACCCCUGAAGGAGAGGCAUGCGGUUUGGUUAAAAACUUGGCCCUUAUGACGCACAUCACAACUGACAUGGAAGAUGGACCCAUUGUUAAACUAGCCAGUAACCUGGGAGUAGAAGACGUGAAUUUGUUAUGUGGGGAGGAGCUCUCUUACCCAAAUGUGUUUCUCGUCUUCCUCAACGGUAACAUCCUGGGUGUCAUCCGAGACCAUAAGAAGCUGGUGAACACGUUUCGACUGAUGCGAAGAGCAGGCUACAUCAAUGAAUUUGUUUCCAUCUCAACAAAUCUUACGGAUCGAUGUGUCUACAUCUCCUCUGACGGAGGGCGGCUGUGCAGACCCUACAUAAUUGUUAAGAAGCAGAAGCCUGCAGUCACAAAUAAGCACAUGGAAGAGCUUGCUCAGGGAUACAGGAAUUUUGAAGAUUUUUUACAUGAGAGCCUGGUUGAAUAUUUAGAUGUGAAUGAAGAAAACGACUGUAACAUCGCACUCUAUGAACAUACAAUUAAUAAAGAAACCACCCACUUGGAGAUUGAACCCUUCACUCUGCUGGGCGUUUGUGCUGGCCUGAUCCCAUACCCGCAUCAUAACCAGUCCCCAAGAAACACUUACCAGUGCGCUAUGGGGAAACAAGCCAUGGGUACCAUCGGCUACAACCAACGGAACAGAAUUGAUACGCUCAUGUACCUUCUCGCUUACCCACAAAAGCCCAUGGUUAAAACGAAGACCAUUGAGUUGAUAGAGUUUGAGAAACUGCCAGCCGGGCAGAAUGCCACCGUCGCCGUGAUGAGUUACAGUGGCUAUGACAUUGAAGAUGCCCUUGUUUUGAACAAGGCCUCCUUGGACAGAGGCUUUGGACGUUGCCUUGUGUAUAAAAAUGCUAAAUGCACAUUGAAAAGAUAUACCAAUCAGACUUUUGAUAAAGUGAUGGGACCCAUGUUGGAUGCUGCCACGAGGAAACCCAUCUGGCGACAUGAAAUUUUAGAUGCGGAUGGCAUCUGUUCUCCAGGUGAGAAAGUGGAAAACAAGCAAGUGCUCGUGAAUAAGUCCAUGCCCACCGUCACGCAGAUUCCACUGGAAGGAAGCAGUGCACCCCAGCAGCCACAGUACAAAGACGUGCCCAUCACGUACAAGGGGGCCACAGAUUCCUAUAUUGAAAAAGUGAUGAUAUCUUCCAAUGCCGAAGAUGCUUUUCUGAUCAAAAUGCUGCUGAGACAGACACGACGUCCAGAGAUUGGAGACAAAUUCAGUAGCCGUCACGGGCAGAAAGGUGUUUGUGGCCUCAUCGUCCCUCAGGAAGACAUGCCGUUCUGUGAUUCUGGCAUCUGCCCGGACAUCAUCAUGAACCCACAUGGCUUCCCAUCAAGAAUGACGGUGGGGAAGUUGAUCGAGCUGCUGGCUGGGAAGGCCGGCGUGCUGGACGGGAGGUUCCACUAUGGCACUGCCUUCGGAGGCAGCAAAGUGAAGGACGUGUGCGAAGACCUCGUUCGUCACGGCUAUAACUACUUGGGCAAAGACUAUGUUACAUCUGGCAUCACAGGGGAGCCCUUGGAAGCCUACAUCUACUUCGGCCCUGUGUACUACCAGAAGCUGAAGCACAUGGUGCUGGAUAAGAUGCACGCCCGGGCCCGGGGGCCCCGAGCCGUUCUGACCAGGCAACCUACUGAAGGUCGAUCUCGUGAUGGUGGUUUGCGUCUUGGAGAAAUGGAACGUGACUGUUUAAUAGGUUACGGAGCCAGUAUGCUUUUACUAGAGAGACUAAUGAUUUCAAGUGAUGCCUUUGAGGUUGAUGUCUGCGGGCAGUGUGGACUUCUGGGGUAUUCCGGCUGGUGUCACUAUUGCAAGUCCUCAUGCCACGUGUCUUCCCUCCGCAUCCCAUACGCCUGCAAGCUGCUCUUCCAGGAACUGCAGUCUAUGAACAUCAUCCCCAGGUUGAAACUGUCCAAAUACAACGAGUAAGGGUGGAACAGAGGAUUACUUAAGAACCAUCGAUAAGUCCAAGACCUUGGGAAGCAGGACAGGACUGUUUCUGCUCUUGUGAGUAAUUCCUUUGAAUAUUCUCUCACAAGGAAAACUGUCUUGAUGGAGAGGCUUUUUAUAUACUAGAAGACUGCCUAAACAACCUUGAUCAUUGAACCCCUGGCCUCGGGGGAAAUGCCAGCGAUGUGGGCAAUGAUACAGUCUCCCAUUCGUACACUGCAUUUGAUUCACAAAAUGGACUUUGAUGUCUUGAAAUUCACUUAUUACAAAGAUCUUCCUCCUUGACAAGAAUGUUUGGAGUUCAAUUCUCCGUGAUGUGUUCUGGCUACAAAAACUUAAGUCUUAUGAAACUUGACGGAGGUGAAGAAUCUUUGACUUGGUUGGCUCAGCCUUUGUGAAGGCGGCUGAUGUGAGCAGCUCAUGAAAUUCAGAGCACGGCCAAUAGAUUCUGUGGCGGCUUUGUCUGCUUCUGGCAGGGGUCAUUGUGCCUAACAAUUGCAUCUUGCCUUUAUUACACCCAAACCUUUACGUUUCCAUCUUGGUGAAAUAUAAUAAAUAUGUGCCUCCCACUUUAAGCAAGUUUUCCAAGGAUGUCGUCUUUCUUAUGAACGCUAUUGCUACUAUGUCGAACCUACUGCUAUGGUCAUACCACACGGUAAUAUUUGCCGAAAGCUGGAAGUAAUUCCAUGGGUGCUUUGUGCUCCCAGUGUUCCUGUCACUCCUCCCAAGAUGUUAGCUGUCCAUUCUCUUUUAAACUGACGCCUUCUUUGCCUUCUUGUAAAUUGUUCUUAUUUGCUCUGCCCUGGAGCCAGAUCAAUAUUUGUGUUAAGGAUUGUUUAUAAAGAAAGUCUGAAAAGCUUUGGCUAACCUCUACAGCUGCAUUCCCCAUAUGUCACCUCGAAUGUGUCCCACAGAAUAUCAGUAGAUAAUGUCCACCACCGAGAAUGGAGUGCUUGUGUCAAGUAAGGAGAAACAUGUAACCAAGGUAAGCACACUCAGGACAUUUUCAAAGCUUUUACUGAACUGCCACAUCCUAGAACUCUCCACAAGAGGGACAUUUUCAGAGCCGGCUAGUCAUUUGAGAACUUGAGAACACAAACUCCACAUCGUUUUUUCUCUUCACCAUAGGACGCUCUAACACAGGUGAGGCAGCCCCAGGGGUUCACCGUAAAUGCAGCAUGAGAGUAGCCCGCCACAGCCUCUUAGGUGUCUCCUUUCUCAGGGCUUGACAGGGACGAAGCCAUGGAGCAGCUUGAUCAGUGGUUAGGCUGGUUAUGCCUCCGUUUCCUUUGACUUCAUACUGCUCAAAAUCGAGGCUGCCGAAAGAUGACUGUUCCGAGUCAGAUGUCUAGAGCAUUUUACUGUACUUUGGACAAUGUGAGAUGUGAGUAUUUCACGUGUGUGACAAAUCCUCUUGUCAACUCCAUGGAAGAGGCAGUUGCAGGCGGCCCCUGAGCACUGGAAAGAAAGAGCAGCCUGCGAGCGUGGUGUGCCGUGUGCUGGCCCGGGGGCUGUCACAAACCAUCAGUGCCCGCCCCUGGUGACACGGGGGACAAAGAGAGCAGCACUCGGCCUCUGCUGUGGGAGCUGAGGUGCCAGCCGUCAUGGAAGCCCACCCCGCAGUCAGUGCUGAGGGAACACCCAGGGCAAACUGACUCAGACCUGGAGAUCUGGGAGCAUAUCACAAGCUGGACUGUUCGCUUUACUCUGCUUAGAAACUGAGGCUCCAGGUGGCUAAGUGACUGUCCUGGCAACACCACCAGUGAGGGAGCCAGUCACGUGGACCUUUAGUCCAGGCUCCCAACUUCAGAGAUUUGUUUGAGUUUCACUCCUGAGUCUGUUUUUUAGUCACCAAAAAUGGUGAUUUUGGUUUUAGUCACUGAAUGGCUCUGUUUCUUAAACAUGUUUUGUUUUUUUUUUUUCAAAGUCACUCCAAGUAACUUUGAUUAUUUUGAAAGGCGUCACCUCCCUGAAUGUCUAGGAAAUUCUUAGUUUUCAAAUUUACAAAGACCUAGAAAGUGUGGGUUCCAAAUUGAGACAUCUCUAAGGGGGGAAACUGUCAGGUUGAUGUUUCCAAAACCAGCAUUUUGAAUAGCUGUCUGACUGAGAUACACUUUAAUAAAGAGAUCAGGAUUUAUAAGUUAGUCCUACUAGGUUUUCUUUUUUGGUGGGGGUUGGGGGGAUCUCUGAGUUCCUUGUUUUAAAAAUGACCAGUUAGAUUUCCUUCAGUAACGACAGAGUAACUUACAAUGUACAGGCCACCCUCACCCUCAAAGCCCCUUUACCUUCAUGACCCCUGCCAAGUUGGAAGUGGCACAGAGGUGGGAGGCUUGAAGGAGACACCAGGGCCACUAAGAGGCCCCACCUUGCGCUUUGAGUCAGAGGGCAGGGGUGGCAAGGCCCUGGGCCCAGUAGCCAGGAUUCCAGGCCGGAAAGGCCGACAUGCUAACCAGAAAGCUCACCCAAGUGAGCCUACCCCCCCUCCGCCCCCCACCAUUUUCUCCUGUGUCUUCUCCUGCUCCUGCCACUGUAGUAGAAUGCCAGACUGGGUGGCUUCCACACUGGGAAUGUAUUUUCUCACAGUGCUGGAGGUUCAGAGUCCAAGGUCACGGUGCUGACAAGUUGUUCUUGGUGAAGCCUGAGCUUCUAGCAGAGACGGCCACCUCAUCACCUCAUCCGGCCUUUCCUUGGUGUACUCUAAAAAGGAAUGAGAGCUGGCAUCUCCUCACCUUAAAUGGAUGAGGGAUCUGAGACCUUAUGUAACAUUAAUUACCCUCAUAAAGACAUUGUCAUUAACAAUGGUCACUUGGGAGUUGGGGCUUCAGUGUGGAAUUUUGGAGGGACACAAUUUGGUCCACAAUGCCCCUCAAGACAUUUGCCAAUUCAUAACAGCACAGAGUGGCCUGCUGGUAAUAGCUAUUAAAGCUGAAAAAGCUGAACAAAUGUGUCUAGCAAAUCCACUCCUAGGUGUAUAGACACAGAAAAUUGUACAUACAUCACCAUUAGGUGUGCACAAAAAAAUUUCUAACAGUAUAUUUGUAAUAGCUCCAAUUUAUAAGUAAUCCCUACCAUUAACAAUGUAAUGUAGUACCUUCCCAUCGAGGAGUACUAUACAGCAAUGAAAAUGAGUUUGCUAUAUACAGUAUCGUAGAUAAUGUCAUAACUAUAGUGUUGGAUUUUUUAAAAGUUGGGAAUACCCUAAAUGAAAUAAGCCAGAAGAGAGAUAAAUACCAGACAUUUUCACUUGUAAUGUGGAAUAUACAGAAACCAAACAAAACGUCAGAUACAGACAAACUGUAAAAUCAACCCCAGAAAACUGACCAGAGAGAGAGAGCUGAAGCAUGCAGAAGGGGAGUAGAAGGAAGAGGAGGAGGGGAGAAAAACAGAGGGUGGGUAAGCAUGGUGGGCUGUGGUGGAGGAUUCUGGGUGAUUUGGGGAUGGGAGCAUUAUGGUGACCACACCUGAGGGGAGAAUUUCUUUCCUGUCAAAAAAUCAAGAAUGUAAAAUAAUGAAAGUGCAAUAAAAAAUAGAUUUUUUUAAAACAAACACAAAAGAACACUUACGAUGUCAGUCCUGUUUAAGUUCAAAAACUGAUUUAAGGAGUCCUGAUAACAGUUCCUUAUGCAGUGGUUGUCUAAUAAGUGGUACAAAAGGGGGUGUCUGGGGUGCUGGUGAGGUGUGUUUUUUUGUUGUUGUUUGUUUGUUUUUACGCAAGCGUUGAUUCAUUAAGCCAAUUCCUCAAGCUAUCUGUUAUACACUUGGGAUUUU